AUGUCGCAACCAGCGCCGGCGUCUGCCCCGCGCCGCGAAUUUGUCCACCCUGAGGCGUCUCACGCCAAGAAGAAAGGGCCUAGCGCUUUCGCAAUUCAGCCCAUCAAUGCCUUCUAUGCCUUCUUCGCGGCUGCUCUUCUGUCUGCCCUGUUCGCGCCGAUCCAGGACUGCGACGAGACGUUCAACUACUGGGAGCCCACCCACUACAUCUCCCAUGGCUACGGCCUCCAGACCUGGGAGUACUCCCCUGAGUUCUCCAUCCGCAGCUGGACUUAUGUCCUGUUCCACGCCAUCAUCGGCAACUUCAGGCGCCUGCUUCCCCACUCAACAAAGGUGGGCGAGUUCUACUUCGUCCGCUACGUCCUCGCUUUCAUCUGCGCAAUCUGCCAGGUCUGGUUCUUCCGCGUCAUCAGCUUCACCUUGAAUCCCAGAAUCGGCCUGUUCUUCUUGCUUGCCACUGUCCUGUCGCCCGGCAACUUCCACGCCAGUGCCGCCUACUUGCCCUCGAGCUUCGCCAUGUACGCCAGUCUGCUCGGAGCAUCCGCCUUUAUGAACUGGAGAGGUGGGCUUCGCACGACCCAGGGCAUCCUGUGGUUUGCGGCUGGAGGCAUCUUUGGGUGGCCUUUUGCUGCUGCCCUCUGCUUCCCCUUUCUCGCUGAGGAGGCUCUGUUCUUGAUUACAGCUGCCGCGAACCGCGAUCGGACCAUGGAGAGCGUACUUCGCAUUGCGCGUGGUGGCCUGUUUGCGACAUUAGCCUUGCUCGGUGAUGCCUCGAUCAACACAUUCUUCUACAAGAAGUUUGUCACAGUGCCUUGGAACAUUGUCAAGUACAACAUCUUCUCGGCUACCGGUGGACCAGACUUAUACGGCACAGAACCCUGGACGUUCUACUUCCGCAACCUGUUGAUCAAUUUCAACAUCUGGUUCCUCUUGGCUCUGGCUUCCCUGCCUCUGUUUAUACUGCAGAAGAUUGCCAACACAAAGAAGACUGGGUUCCAGUCGGGCAUGCGGACCAUUGUCUUUAUGUCCCCGUUCUACAUGUGGCUUGCCAUAUUCACCAUGCAGCCGCACAAGGAGGAGCGCUUCAUGUACCCUGCCUACCCCUUCCUCGCAUUGAACGCUGCCAUGGCUCUGCACAUCGUCCUCUCCACGUUUGGAAACUCAGAUCCGAAGACACUGGUCGGCAAGAUCCCCGCCAAGCUGAAGCUUGCGGUUGUCCUUGCGACCAUGUUCCUGUCAUUUGAUCUCGGACUUGCCCGCAUUGCCGGCGUGUACCAGGGCUACUCGGCACCUCUGAGCAUCUACGAACCGCUUGGUGCGGGUGUCGCCGGCGAGCAGGGGCUCGGCGUUAAAGGCGAUAGCGUGUGCUUUGGCAAGGAGUGGUAUCGUUUUCCCAGCUCGUACUUCCUGCCUCGCGACAUGCAUGCCAAGUUCGUCCGGUCAGAGUUUCGCGGUCUGCUCCCUGGCGAGUUCUCGGAAGCCAAAGUAGGGUUCGGCAUCUGGGGUGGGACCUGGCUGCCCACCAUCGGCCUGAACGAUCGCAACGAAGAAGACAUGAGCAAGUACGUGGACGUCCGGCAAUGCUCGUUCCUUGUGGACACGCAGUAUCCUGAGAGGACCGACCCUCUGCCGCCGAAUGAGCCGGACUUCGUGGCCGACACGGAGAAUUGGGAUGUUGUCAAAUGCGAGCGGUUCCUUGAUGCCGCCAACACUCAUCUUUUAGCGAGAGUCCUGUGGGUGCCCGACUCGCCUCUGGUGCCGGAGAAGUUCAGAAGGAAGUGGGGGCGCCACUGCCUGCUAAGGAAAAAGCAGAAGUAG